GUUCAUUGAACCAGUGACUUGAGCACCUGCUAUAUGCCAGGCCCUGUGCUAAGAGCUAGGAUUAAAAAGAAAUUAGUCACGGGGAACCAGAAGCGUUUACUCGGGUUUAUCAACCUUAUGGGUUAUUUUAUCUCCUCAGCACACUGCUGACAGAGAGUAUCUAACAUGUCAUUUCGUGUGUAUUGAUCAGUUAGAGACUAGCCAUGAAGAAAGCAGACAUCGUUCCUAAUAUUGUAAAGCAAUACAGUAAUCAUGCCAAAGAGAUGGAUGAAACUGUGGCCGAGUUUUUCAAGAGGACUAUCUUGAAAAUCCCAAUGACUGAAAUGAUGACAAUCCUCAAAGCCUGGGAUUUCUUGUCUGAAAAGCAACUACAGAAUGUAAACUUCCGGCAGAGAAAGGAAUCUCUUGUUCAGGACUUGGUUCUGCUCUGCGAGAAGCGUGCAAGUGUCCAUGAUGCAGCCCUUUUAGACAUCGUUUAUACUCAAUUUCAUCGGCACCGGAAAGUUUGGGAUGUUUUUCAGAUGAGUAAAGGACCAGGUGAAGACAUUGACCUUUUUGAUAUGGAACAAUUCAAAAGUUCAUUUAAGAAAAUUCUUCAGAGAGCAUUGAAAAAUGUGAUGGUCAGCUUCAGAGAUGCUGAGGAGAAUGCAGUAUGGAUUCGAAUUGCCUGGGGAACGCAGUAUAGAAAGCCAAACCAGUACAAACCUGUUUAUGUGGUAUAUUACUCCCAGACUCCCUAUGCCUUCACUUCCUCCUGCCCACUGAGGAGCAAUAUACCUCUUCUGGGUCAGGCACUGACAGUUGCUAGCAAUCACCAUAAAAUUGUGAAAAUGGACCUGAGGAGCCGGUAUCUGGACUCUCUGAAGGCUAUUGUUUUUAAACAGUAUAAUCAGACCUUUGAAACUUACAACUCCACUACACCUCUGCAGGAAAAAUCCCUGGAGCUGGAUAUACACAUGGAUUCUCGGAUCAUUCAUGAAAACAGAAUAGAAAAAGAGAGAGUCCAGAGAGUGACUCAAGAAACUUUUGGAGACUAUUCUCAACCAAGACUAGAAUUCGCACAAUAUAAGCUUGAAACAAAAUUCAAAAGUGACUUCAAUGGAGACAUCUUGGCGGAGAGAAAAGAGCCCCUCCGGUGCCUAAUAAAGUUCUCCAGCCCGCAUCUUCUAGAAGCAUUGAAAUCCUUAGCACCAGCUGGUAUUGCAGAUGCACCACUUUCUCCAUUGCUCACUUGCAUACCCAAUAAGGGGAUGAAUUAUUUUAAAAUUAAAGAUAAAUAAGAUGUAUGUGGUUUUUGUAAGCACAGCAUCUCUUUGACUAUUGUCUAUGCAUUUAAUUAACAGCUAGCAGGAUAGCUUUUGUGUAUGAACUUGUGUUUUAGAAAUUAAUUCUUGAUAUUGACAGUUCACAAAUGUUCAGUAUAUUUAUUGGGAUUGAUUCUGUAUUCCUCCACUGUGUACCCCUCUCUCCCAUAUCCUGCAAAGCAUAGCAACUGUGAGCUUUUAAAAAGUGACAACAUGUCCUUUUUCUCCUCCAUCCUGGAGAGAUCAGGUUCUAAUUGCUUGUUUCCAGGGAUUUGUCUGAAGACUUGGAUCCUGGAAAGAAGCAGCGAGAAACUAUCCUUAACUCAAAACUUCCUAGGAAAAUCAUAAAAUUGGUCCAUUCAAAGGGUAGAGUUGGUUCCAUGAUGCUAUUGCAGGAGGUAGCAUAUCAAAUGAUUCAUAAUAUAAAAUAAUAGUUUCAUUGUAAAUAUGAUAUUUUUCAUAAUCUGUUUUAUCAUAUAUUAAGACUCACCAUAUUAUACUGAUUUAUAAAUAAAGAUUGAAAAGCUGGUA